AAUUUCAGACUGACAUUUGUCGCGCGUGCUUGUAGUCGCGCUGGAAUCAAUUUUGAUUGUUCUAAAUUUCGAAUUGUGACGAAAAUAGUGUUUAGUGAAAAUGAUAUUGCUAAUUCGGUAAAAAAGGCGAAACUCCUAUAAUUUAAUAUAAUCAGUGUUUAUUUUGUGCUAAGUGUCAGUAUUCAGUGAGUAUUAUGAACUUUGAGGACUAUGAAACCCUUCCGACCAGUCAAAACUUCACCACACACAUGACUGCCGGAGCAAUUGCGGGGGUGAUGGAGCAUUGCAUAAUGUAUCCCCUCGACUCCGUCAAGACGCGGAUGCAGUCGCUACGGACAGCACACAACAGCACCAUCACGGAGACAUUUCGGUACAUGGUCAAGCGGGAGGGUCUGCUCAGGCCCAUCCGCGGCAUGUCGGCGGUGGUGGUGGGCGCGGGCCCGGCGCACGCGUGCUUCUUCGCCACCUACGAGCACAGCAAGCAGACGCUCGCGCACCUCACCAGGCAUCGCCACGAACAUCUCACACAUGGUUUGUCCGGCUGCCUGGCCUCGCUCGUGCACGACGCCGUCUCCAACCCCGCUGAAGUGGUGAAGCAGCGGCUGCAGAUGCUGAACUCGCCGUACCGCGGCGUGUGGGAGUGCGCGCGCCACGUGUACCGCGCCGAGGGCCUGCGCGCCUUCUACCGCUCCUACGCCACGCAGGUCGCCAUGAACGUGCCCUUCCAGGCGCUGCACUUCGUGACGUACGAGUGGUGCCAGGCGGCGCUGAACCCGGCGCGCGCGUACGACCCGGUGGCCCACGCGCUCAGCGGAGCCUGCGCGGGCGCGCUCGCCGCCGCCUCCACCACGCCGCUCGACGUCUGCAAGACCGUGCUCAACACGCAGGUGGGUGCGGCCUGUGUCCCGCAGGCCCGGGUGACGUGGUGGAGCGGUGUAGUGACGUACGAGCCGCCUCCACCACGCCGCUCGACGUCUGCAAGACCGUGCUCAACACGCAGGUGGGUGCGGCCUGUGUCCCGCAGGCCCGGUGCUCAACACGCAGGUGGGUGCGGCCUGUGUCCCGCAGGCCCGGGUGACGUGGUGGAGCGGUGUAGUGACGUACGAGCCGCCUCCACCACGCCGCUCGACGUCUGCAAGACCGUGCUCAACACGCAGGUGGGCCCGGGUGACGUGGUGGAGCGGUGUAGUGACGUACGAGCCGCCUCCACCACGCCGCUCGACGUCUGCAAGACCGUGCUCAACACGCAGGUGGGUGCGGCCUGUGUCCCGCAGGCCCGGGUGACGUGGUGGAGCGGUGUAGUGACGUACGAGCCGCCUCCACCACGCCGCUCGACGUCUGCAAGACCGUGCUCAACACGCAGGAGCCGCCUCCACCACGCCGCUCGACGUCUGCAAGACCGUGCUCAACACGCAGGUGGGUGCGGCCUGUGUCCCGCAGGCCCGGGUGACGUGGUGGAGCGGUGUAGUGACGUACGAGCCGCCUCCACCACGCCGCUCGACGUCUGCAAGACCGUGCUCAACACGCAGGAGGCGGCGGCGCGCGCGGACGGGCUGCUGGAGGCGGCGUCGGCGGUGCUGCGCGCGACGGGCCCACUGGGCUUCUUCAAGGGCGUGCAGGCGCGCGUGCUGUACCAGAUGCCCGCCGCCGCCAUCUGCUGGCUCACCUACGAGACCAUCAAGCACGCGCUCGCCAAGAUCGAGCCGCCGCCCGCCGGUAGUACCGCGCCCAGUAGUACCGCGGCCGCCAGUAGUACCGCGCCGCCGCUGGCCUGCGCCGCGCUGCGACUGGCCGCCGCCGCGCCCGACCCGCGGCAUCCUGCGCCGCUCACGCGCACCUAAGCCCGGCGCGAGGGGUCGAUCUUGAACGUCCACUAAAUUCCU